GAGAGGUGCUUCAGAGAGAGCACCAGCCAUACUGUUUCUAUAGGCUGUCGUACGUUCGCGACUGUGAUUAAACAUUGCCUAAGAGAGCGUCGCGAGCGGGUUGUUUUUACAGGCAAAUCAGGAAUGUUUCUUCCGCUUCCCAAUAAAAAAAAAAAUUAAACGGAAGUUAAACUGGUAGGCCCCUGUGUGUGGGGGUCAUCUUCCCCUUAGCUGUCUGCUGGUGUCCGUCAAGUAGAAGACCAACACUUCCUGUUUCCUGAAGCCCUGCCUUCUGGAUCAGGUUUAUAGAAAGGGGUCCGGUCUGUUUUCGGCUGUUGGGGGAAGUGAAGGGGCCAGAAUCCUAGCGUGUCCUGUUUCCCAGGCAAUGAAGCUGCAGGCGGUGAUGGAGAACCUGCACAGACAGCAGAGAGCCAAACUGCUGAUGGAGCAGGCGGGGCAAUCGCAUAGCCCCGCCCCCGUAGGGGAGGGGCUGAAAGCAAUCUCUGUCUCUGAAACAGAGCAGGCGCAGAUGGCGGCGCUAGCAGCAAUGCGUGCAGUAGCAGCUGGACUUCAGAGGGCCGACAGCCCCAUGUCUGAACACAGCAGUGGAGGAGACGAAGUUGAUGAGGAGGAGGAUGAAGAGGAAGGGGAGGAGCAAUACAAAGAUAUGAUGGGGUCUGAGGAGGAAGAGCAGAUAAAACAGAAAUGGGAUGAAGAUGACUUUGAGGGUGAGAUGGAAGAAGACUAUGAUGACGAUUUAGGUGACGAAGUGCUACCGUCAGGCCGUGAGGCUGUUACCCCAGGCAGAGGCAUCCUUCUCUUACCCCACCGCCAUUUACACCCUCACUCCCAGCUGCUUAAGGCUCGGCCUGGUUCUGAAAGUGAACCGCGGGCAUUGACUCACUCCACACAUUCAUCCCACGGGCCGCUCCAUGGACAGGACCACGCAGACUGGACCUAUGAGGAGCAGUUCAGACAGCUCUAUGAACUGGACAGUGACCCAAAGAGGAAGGAGUUCCUGGACAAUCUGUUCAGCUUUAUGCAGAAGAGAGGGACUCCAGUGAACAGGAUUCCCAUCAUGGCCAAGCAGGUGCUGGACCUCUACAUGCUGUACCAGCUGGUGACAGAGAAGGGGGGGCUGGUGGAGGUCAUAAAUAAAAAGUUGUGGAGGGAGAUCACGAAGGGCCUGAACUUGCCGACCUCCAUCACCAGCGCUGCCUUCACUCUCAGAACACAAUAUAUGAAGUAUCUGUAUCCUUACGAAUGUGAGAAGAGGGGUCUCAGCAACCCCAAUGAGCUGCAGGCAGCCAUCGACAGUAACCGGCGAGAGGGACGCAGGCAGGGCUUCGGUAGCUCGCUCUUCACCUACUCGCCCAACGGGACACCCACAAUGCUCUCAUCACCCAAACUCUCCAUGCCACCCAUGGGCAUCGCCCUGCCCAGCAACGGAGCCUCAGUCUCAUCCUUACAGAGAAUUAAGAAAGAGGAUGACGGGGUUCAGACUCGUCUGCCUGCGUCUCUGGCCACUCAUUCGGUAGCUGCGGCCCAGGCUGCGGCUGCACAGGCGGCCACCAUCGCACAGGUAGCUGCACUGGAGCAGCUGCGGCACAAGCUGGAGUCCGGCGAGCCCCCAGAGAAAAAGAUUGCACUACCACUGGACGAACACCAGCGGCUACUGCAGAGAGCCCUUCAGCACAACCUGCUGGCCAUGACAGCACAGAUCCCCAUGAACAUCCGCAUCAACAACCAAGAGAGCAGGCAAGACUCAGCCUUGAACCUGACCACCAAUGGCCUAAACAGCAUCAGCAUGUCGUUGGAGCUCAAUGGAGUCGUCUACACCGGUGUUCUCUUCGCCCAAGCCGCAGCGCCGACCUCAUCAGGGGCAUCCAACAAAUCUUCCGCAGGCAACAGCGGGCCUCAAUCUGUUCACCACACACCUACCUCAUCCUCCAACAACCAGUCGCCUUAGCACCUCAGACUCUCUCUCCGUCAGUGCAAAACCAAAGCCAAAAAACCUCAGUUACUACAGAAGAUAUGCCAAAAAAAAAAAAAAAACAGGGCAGGAAUAACUGAAUCGUUCUCAACUUGAAGAACACUAGCUCAGGUCUUUUAUUUACACUCUCCUUUGUUCAGGAGUCAAAAGAAAUCUAAAAUAACAGCAGAGUUUAUUAUAAAGAUAAUGAUAUAAUGUAUAUGCAAAACCUGUGAAUAAUUUAUUUCUCUUUCUGUGAGCACACUGUCUGGCGUUAACAAGGCUGUAGGAUUCUGCUUUUUAGGGUUUUAUAAUCUCUGACUGACAAAAGCUUUUCAUUAAUAGGCAAACCGAUAACAAUAGUAUUAUUGUUAGAACGUGUGAUGCAAACAGCUUGAGGGUCUGAACUAAUAAUAUAUUGUUGUAGAUUUUAUUUUCUCUGUAUAUGUAUCCUGCAGUGCCUUGUGAAGGUGUUUCCUUAGCACAGUUUGAAUGCGCUGUUGACAGGCGAACGUCUGAACUUCAGCAUGAACACGAUACAAAGUGUGUAAUUGUCGGAAGUUUUGCUGUUUUUUGUUGCAAGUGUUCAGCUGUUUGGUUUCCAAUCUCAGAGCUUAAUAGCAGUCAAUGAAGAUUCAUUUUAAAGGGAUA